UUCAUUUCCUCUAGUGGCAUGACGUAGGUGGGGGAGGAAGAUAGGGAUCGACUAUGGAACGAGCUGAAGAUGCAACCUUAUAACGGUACCGGCUGAUAGAUAGCUGAACUCUUUGUUCACAUCAAAAAAAGUGGAGGACCCGAAGAGACAGACAAAAACACAGACAUGCAGUUCAAAUACAGAAGGCACUGAUUUAUUUUUAUAGGAUAUUUUUCUGUGCUCCUUCAAGGGCUGGGUCCGUUAUCGCUGUUGUUGGCGGAACCGGCUGGCCAAGAUGUCUGUGGAAGAACAGGAAUAUCCCGAGGCGACUCUGGUGGCAGAGGCCGGGCCGCAGUGGUUUCGGGCGGAAUUAGAGCGCCUAUCCCGGGAGCUGAGCGAGACGACUCAUGAGAAGAUCCAGGCGGCGGAAUACGGGCUGGCGGUGCUCGAAGAGAAGCAACAGCUCAAACAGCGUUAUGACGAGUUGGAGACCGAGUUCGAGACUGUUCGGCAUGAACUCGACCAACUGAAGGAGGCAUUCGGCCAGGCCUACUCCACCCAUAGGAAGGUGGCUGCAGAUGGGGAGAGCAGGGAGGAGUCACUAAUGCUGGAGUCAGCCAGUAAGGAGGCCCAAUACCAGCAGAUGGUCCUGGAGCUGCAGAACGAGCUGCGGUUGGCCAGGACUGCCCUCACCAGCAACCAAUCAGAGAAUGAGCGCCUGGCCUCCGUUGCCUUGGAGAUGAGAGAGAGUUCUGAGCUGGUGGAGCUGCAGCGCAGCCAACUGCGUGAUGACAUCAGAGAGUAUAAGGUGCGAGAGGCACGCCUGCUGCAGGACUAUAGUGAGCUGGAGGACGAGAACAUCUCCCUGCAGAAACAGGUGUCCCUGCUCCGACAGAGCCAGGUGGAGUUUGAGGGUCUGAAGCAUGAGAUCUGUCGUCUGGAGGAGGACUCCCAGUGCCUCCACAGCCAGUUGGAGGAGGCCAUGCGCCUGCGGGAGAUCGCCGAGCACCAGCUGACCGAGGCUCUGGAGACCAUUAAGACUGAGCGCGAGCAGAAGGCCGCCCUGCGUAAAGAACUGUCCCACUACAUGACCAUUGGGGACAACCUGUUACCGUACCACCACAGCCCCCUGAACAUCUCCCUGGACGGCUUCAAGUUCAGCGAGGAUCCCACUGCUGCCACCAACGAACCCAACAAUGAUGACUCGUUCCAUGGCUAUGAGAACGGCCUGGCUAAGAUGGCUGCAGACUGCAACGAGGAUAACAGAGCCAAGCUCCGGCCUGCCCCCAGCCUAGUGGAUGACCUGCUGAGUGAACUCAACAUCUCAGAGAUCCAGAAACUUAAGCAGCAGCUCAUGCAGGUUGAGCGGGAGAAGGUAGCCCUACUUUCCUCCCUGCAGGAGGCCCAGAAGCAGCUAGAGGUGGCCCACGGGACUCUGUCUGAGCAGCAGGAGAUAGUAGGACGUCUCACCGAGAACCUCAGCGCCAUGAGGAAACUCCAGGCCAGCAAGGAGCGCCACUCGGCCCUGGACAGCGAGAAGGAGCGUGACAGCCGUGACGAUGGUGACGGGGACUACUACGAGCUGGACAUCAACGGGCCUGAGAUCCUGCAGUGUAAGUACACAGUGGCUGUGUCCGAGGCCGGGGAGCUCAGACAGGAGCUUAAGACUCUUAAAGCAGAGUACCAGUCAUGCCGGAGCCAGUACGAGGAGGAGCGAGCCCACCUGGAGAGCGACGUGGCAGGGCUGAGCGAGAAGCUAGCUUCCCUGGAGAAGAGCAGCCGGGUGGAGCACGAGGAGAUGGAGCGCCUGGAGAAGGACCUGCGGCGGGUGAGCGAGUCGGCAGGCGAGUCGCAGGGAAGUCUGAACGUGGCGCAGGACGAACUGGUGGUGUUCAGUGAGGAGCUGGCCAACCUCUACAACCACGUGUGCAUGUGCAACAACGAGACGCCCAACCGGGUCAUGCUUGACUACUACAAGGAGGGCAAGGCCAGCGUAGGUGGCGGGGGUGGCCGGGAGGGGAAAGGACGACGUCUGUCCCACGUUCUGCUCUCCAACGGGCUGGUCCCUGAUACUGACCCCAGUAAACCUGAAGCCAAUGACCCAGCCGCCCCAGCCCCAGUCUCAGCCCCAGAAUCCCGCCCAGAGCCUAUGAACAUCUAUAACCUGGUGGCCAUCAUCAGGGACCAGAUCCGUCACCUGCAGCAGGCGGUGGACCGCACCACAGAGCUGUCCCGCCAGAGGAUGGCCACCAUGGAGCUGAGCACCGUGGCUGAUAAGGACAGCGAGGCCUGCAUGGGGGAGAUCCUUAAACUCAAGUCCCUCCUCAGCACCAAGAGGGAGCAGAUCGCCACCCUGAGGACCGUGCUCAAAGCCAACAAACAUACGGCUGAGGUGGCGCUGGCCAACCUGAAGAGUAAAUACGACAACGAGAAGACCAUGGUGAGGGAUACCAUGUUGAAGCUCCGCAACGAGCUGAAGGCUCUGAAAGAAGACGCUGCCACCUUCUCCUCACUACGGGCCAUGUUUGCAACAAGGUGUGAUGAGUACGUAACUCAGCUGGACGAGAUGCAGAGACAGCUGGUUGCGGCGGAGGACGAGAAGAAGACCCUGAACUCCCUGCUCCGCAUGGCCAUCCAGCAGAAGCUGGCCCUGACCCAGCGUCUUGAGGACCUGGAGUUUGAUCAUGAGCAGGCGCGCCGUGGCGGGGUUACAGGAGCAACGACGAGCAGUCGGGGCAAGACCUCCUCGUCGGCGCGGGGCAAAGGGGCCUCGGCCAAUCAUCACUAAUUUAAUCAAGCCGUGUCCUUCAAAGGUUGACAGUCACCUUGCCGAUGAUUACUUCAGUGUCCCCUCCUGGCCUGAGACAAAUGUCAGAGACACGUACUGCUGUAGUGUGAGGACUUUGUUUCUGUGCACACACACACACACACACACACAACACACACACACUCUUGACCUUUACAGACGCGUGAAAUCCCCAGGGGUUUGGUAUCUUGGUGUGGCUGCAGGAAACAACGAAGACUCAUGGGUAUGAUGACCAUAGAGAUAUCUAGGUCUAUUUCUGUGGACAUAACCAUAGAGAUAUCUAGGUCUAUUUCUGUGGGCAUGACCAUAGAGAUAUCUAGGUCUAUUUCUGUGGGAAUGACCAUAAAGAUAUAUAGGUAUAUUUCUGUGGGAAUGACCAUAGAGAUAUCUAGGUCUAUUUCUGUGGGCAUGACCAACAGUUUGACCCCCCAUUGUGAUUAAGUCACUCAUCCCACAUUGUCCACCACUAUACUGGUAUUAUUCUGUCUAUGUUUCCCCUGAUGACUGCAUACUUUUCAUGUCUUUUUAUUUCUCUUUUUUUGCUUGUAAUUCACACCUCAGUGAAUGUGUGAGGUGUUCAUACGCUUUUAAGAAUUGUUACAUGUUUGGUCAUUGGAGCAUUAAUUAGUCAUUUAAAUAUUUGAGCUUUUGUCAUUAUAUAACUGUCAGAUUGAUAACACCAUUUCCAUGGAGAGCAAAGCAGCAAAGUCAUAGGAACUAACUUUCUCCAGUUUUCUCUGGGGUCAAUAUUCAAUAGGACUCACAAGCUAACAGACAUUCUCUACAAGCACAUAGAUGAACAUCUUAAAUUGGAAUUCGUUUUUUCUCUCUUUUUUUCAAAUCUUGUCACAUAUUGAUAAUGUGCUUAAAAAAGUUAACCAGUGAGAGCAGGAUGUUCCAGCAGGACAUUCAACCAGUGUGUGCCCAGUGGGUACUUUCUGGCCUUAGUUUAGACCAGUAGUUUGUUCUGUCCACAAAAGAGAAUCUGGAUUUAAUUUUGACUAGUAGUUUGUUCUGUCCACAAAAGAGAAUCUGGAUUUAAUUUUGACUAGUAGUUUGUUCUGUCCACAAAAGAGAAUCUGGAUUUAAUUUUGACUAGUAGUUUGUUCUGUUCACAAAAGAGAAUCUGGAUUUAAUUUUGACUAGUAGUUUGUUCUGUUCACAAAAGAGAAUCUGGAUUUAAUUUUGACUAGUAGUUUGUUCUGUUCACAAAAGAGAAGCUACAUUUAGAUUUGAAUGUUUUCUAUGUCUUUGAGAAUUGUGGUGAGAGGUUAUGACCCCAGUCAAUAACAGAUUGAGGAAAAUAAUAGGAACUGUGGUGAAUUGUGUGAAGUGAUUCUGCGAUCCUGCAAGCAUGCAGAGUUGCAAAUUUAGGGGCUAUUAUUAUGUUUAUUAUUAAUCGGUAAACCUUAUUUUAAGAGUAAUGAUACCACAGCAGUUAACUUUGGCUGCCUAGUUAAUAGUGGUUCAGAGCGUUUUCGAUGAUGGCUGAGGGAGAGAUUACUAAUGCAAAUACUUAUUUAUACUCUACCUUUGUAUGGCAAAGUUCAGGCGACUAUGGUGGAGACUUUUUGUAUUGUCUGUUUUAAUGCAAUUUUAUGAGCCCUUUUUACAUCCUCUAAAAGUGUUGUUGUGAUUUCAACAAACAGACUAAGUUAAGUCAUGAACACAUCUGCAGUGCCAUUUAAUUUAUUGUUGAUGCAAUAAAAGUUACAUUUGGGAUUCUCUUUUUUUACAAGUGCAAUUUGAACGCAAUCGAUAUAGAAACACAGUAUAAACAUUCUCUGUCUGUUUGUCUGCUGAUGCUAUUGUUACAUUUUACUACUACUUCUUACUCACAAUCUUGAUCCUAACUGAGUUGUAUAUCUUUGUACUAAAUAACUUCACUUGUUUGUAUUUAUUUUUAAACAAUGUCAUGUAUGUUGGCAUUGUCGAUAAUGUGGAUUAUGAUUAUUGCCAUAUUGAUACCAUAUCGAUGCCUUUUUUCAUGUCGUCUUCAAGAGACUCUGGAUGGAGAUGGUAGGUGAGAUGUGUGCUCAAUAGAAGUCAACAGCCUACCUGUAUGAUGAUGAUGUUGCACUGGCAAGGUGCAUGUUUCAUAGUUACCUUUAUUCUGCCUAAAGGUAUGCCAAAUAAACUUCACUUUAGUCUUUAUUCUGCCUAAAGGUAUGCCAAAUAAACUUCACUUUAGUCUUAA